AUGGAAUACCCUCUCGCACGCCGCCACCCACCCACGCCAAGCCCGCUAUCGCCUUGCCUUUUUCGAAGCAGAAGUGGAGCUGAAAAUAAUUCAACCUCGACAAACACCAGCCAAAGAUUCACUAGCCGCUCAAAAUCUACCACGAGGUCAAGAAACAUCCCAAACGAGGAGAAUAUAAUUCCUUCGUCAACUGGGCACAAGAAGGAUACUAAUCAUGACAAUUGUAGCAGAGAUGGGUUUGUUAGGUUCUUGCAGCGUGGCAGUCCAACUCCCCGUGAUUCCCCAGCAACUAAUAGACCAAAGUCCGCAUCAAGAUCUCCUUCAGCUUGGGCUUUGUCUCCGGGAAGGUCUUUGUUUAAUAUGUUUCCACCGGAGUUGCCAGCUGCAACUGGAGGAGGAGAGAGAGGGAAAGCCAAAGGUGGACGUGGGGCAGUAAGAGGUGUUUUGAAGUAUUUUAGGCAAAAGAAAAUGUCUCCACUACAGGAAGAAGAGUAUCAUAGGUGUAGGGUUUUGCAUAAUAGGCUAUUGCAGUGGAGGUUUGCCAAUUCUAGGGCUGAGGCUGUUAUGGCUUCUGUGAGGAUAGCUGCAGAAGAUAGAUUAUUUCAUGUCUGGCUGAGAAUCUUCAAUGCAAGAAACAUCAUACUAGAAAAGAGAAUGGAAAUUCUAAAAAUGAAGCACCAGAUGAAAUUAUGUCAAAUUAUUAACCCACAAAUGAGUCUGCUCAAUGAGUGGGCGAAAAUGGAGAGAAAAAAUUGUGAAGCAGUGGGCAGGCUGACAAGAAAACUGUCAGCUUUGUCUGUCAAACUCCCUUUAGCAGAGGAGGUCAAGGGAGAUGUGGAAUCUAUCUACAGAGCCAUGAGCACAGCAGUGGAAGUCAUGGAUAGUAUAGAGGCCACAAUCACAAAAUUUAUCUCACAGCAGGUGGAAAAAAUUCUUUAUCUGCUUACAGAGCUUACGAGCACACUUGAACAUCAAAAGGAGAGCUUGGGGGAUAUGGAGAAGAUAGUCACGAUGGUUGCUGAGCUAUUGGCACGGGAGAGUAGUAUGAGAGCACAGCUCAUGCAAGUGGUCGAGGAAUCAAGAAGCAAUGGUUUCUGA